AUGGGUAAACUCGAACAAUUCUUCGAUUCUUAUGGAAGAUUUAUUUCGAGGAAACCGUUUUUCUUUAUUGUGAGUUUUUUUUCAAUCUUGUUUCAAUGAUGUUUGGUCAUAGAUUUGUUGGUGAAAAAAGAACCGCUCUCAAAUAAUGAAAAAAUCUUCUCCGAUUUCCUAAUAAUUCUCGAAAUAUUUCAGCUUAUCCCUUCAGUUUUAACAAUUAUUUCAACAUACGGAUUCUUAUAUUUUCAUAGUUCUGAUGAUAUUUGGGACAUCUACGCACCAACAAAUGGAAUAUCAAGAAUUGAAGAAAGUUCACUGAAAAGAUUCGAAUAUGCUUCUGGAUCACAUCAUCAUCGGAUGCAAAUUUUGAUAACUCGUAAAGAUGGCAACAAUAUUCUGGACAAUCUAUCGCUCACUGAAAUUUCGAAAAAUCAUAAAAUCAUUGCGGAUAAUAUAACAGCUUUUGAUGGAAACACAUCUCGACACUAUAAAGAUCUUUGUGGAGUUUACUGUAAUGAUAGUAAUGCUGGAGUUAUUGCAUUUCUACAAGCUUGUAUCAAUGAAACAUCAUCGAAUUCUUUCAAAUUAACAUUUCCCAAUGCCGAAGCUCUUCAGAAAAAGAUAUUUAUUGGAUAUUCAUUGGGAGAUUUGACAAUGAAAAAUAACAUUGUGAAAGAAGCGAAAAUGAUUAUUUUACAUUAUAUGGUUGAUACAAAUAUCGAAAAUGGAAGAAUUCUUGCGACAGAUUUUGAGAACAAACUCCGAUUCUUUUUUGCUUCUCUAACUGAAACUUCUCCCGAUUUGAAUUAUUCACUUCUUUCAAGAACCAGAGAAUUGGAAGAGCAAAGACAAAUCACAAUUACAUCAAUACCUUUUCUCGGAAUCACGAUUAUUGUUCUAACUGCAUUUAUGUUAGCUACUCUUGUUAGAUUACCAUUUUAUACAAGUCAACACAUUGAGGUUGGUUUUUUUUCUCUGAAAUUUUCAGAGGGAAAAUGCGGUUAUUUUUCAGAGUAUAAUUGGGGUGUUAUCACCUGGAAUGGCACUUUGGACUACAACUGGAUUUUUAUGGUGGCUAGGUUAUCCGUUCAGUAAUAUUCUAACCGUUGUUCCAUUUUUGAUUGUUACCAUUGGAAUUGAUGAUGCUUUUUUGAUAUUGGCAGGUUGGAGACAUUCAACGUAGGUUUUCAGAAGAAAACUUUACAUAAAACUUCUUCUGAUUUCAGCAAAGGUGAAUCAUUAGAAGUUCGAAUGGGUCAAUCAGUUGCAAUAUCAGGUGCUUCAGUAACAGUCACAUCAAUCACAGAUGUUGCAUGCUUUGCGACAGGUCUUUUCUCAAAUAUGCCUGUUGUUCAACUAUUUUGUCUUUAUACAACUGUUGCUCUAACUGUCGAUUUUUUCUAUCAAAUGACAUUUUUCACCGCGUUUGUUGGGAUUUGUGUGAGAAAACAAGUUGAGAUCGAGAAAAUUGAGAAUGAUCCAAAAGAAGAGCGAAUCAAAAAUAAGGACGAUCAAAAAUCAUCGAUUGCUUCGAAAUUAUCAUUUAUUCCCUCAAUUAUUCAAGAUCCACAAGAUAGAACAAUUCUCGAAAUUUUUAUUGAUUUUUUGCAUACAGGAAUUGCUAAAAUCGUGGUUUUAGUUGUGUUUUUAAUUCAUAUAGCGGUAAGUAAUUUCUAUUUUUAAAUUCCAAAUAUGUUUUGGUUUCUCUAUAGAUUUGUCUGUCGUUGGUUGCUGAUGUUAACACAAAUUUCAACAUGGAAAAUCUAUAUCUCGAAGAUUCGCCAUUGACUGAAAUCUCUCGAAGAAUGCAAAAUUUUGUGCUCGGUGAAGCAUUUGUUGUAAACUUUGGAGUCUAUCCGAUGCCCGAUUUUUCGAAUGAAACAAUUCUUGGAAAGUUCAACGAAUUAGUCGAAAAACUGGAAUCCAUGCCGAAAUUCAGUGCAGGUCCAGAAAAUACAAAUCUUUGGACAAGAGAUUAUACAUAUGCGAUUGCUUUUUGGGGUGAUCCAGAGAAUUUUUGGAAUAAAGAAGAUAUGUAUACAAAUAUCAAAGAGUAUGAUGUUGAUGAGAAGUUUAUAACAUAUGAGUUAGUUUUUUUGAAUUUGAAUUUUGCAAGGAUUUCACAUUUGAAAUUCCAGCAAUUCCACCGGAGAGCCAAUUGUCGAUGGAUUCUUCUUCACAAUAACCUAUCAUAAUUUUUCAAAUUUCCUAGAAGUUGAAGAAUUUCUAACAGAUCGUCGAAACCUUCUAAAAAGUUAUGCCGAUUAUUUCAAUAUAACAUCUCAUCAUCCCUUUGAAAAGGUUCCAACAGAGAGUGCUGCUUCAGCUCCAGCUAAUUUUAUAUCGACUUCUGGUAAGUUUGAUUUUCCAAAAAAUUAAAACAUUUCAAAGUAUUUUUAGUGUCUGGAAUAAUUGUGAUGUCAAUAUUAGUUCUAAUUUUCGUGAUGAAUUUUGAGGCAAUAAUAUCAGUUGUUGUUUCAAUUAUAUCAAUUUGUCUUGGAAUUGUUGUUUAUUUACAUUUAUGGAAUGUGAAUCUUGAUGCAGUUUCGUUGAUUUCAAUGUUGAUGUCAAUUGGAUUUUCUGUGGAUUAUUCAGCUCAUGUUUGUUAUCAUUAUUUUGCGCAUUGUCAUAUUGAUGUAAGUUUGGAAAGAAAAAUUGGUUCCCUUUCCAGGGUUUGAUCAUUCUCUGAAGUUCGAAAUCAAUUUUCAUCCGAAAAAAAUUUCAGGAAGAUCAUUGGAGAACUCACAACUAUGCCGAAACCAAAGAUCGACUUCUAAGCACAUUUAGAGGGGUGGCUUGGCCGGUAUUACAGAGUGGUUUGAGCACAAUCAUUGGUAAAUUAUUUUUGGCUCUGAAGGGGAAAAAGGGGGUUUUAAUUUUUUCUGGGGUUCCACUCCCUUUCGCAACGAAAACGACGAAAUAUUUGAGAGACCGUUAGAGAAAAACAUUUGUCAAUAGGGCGAACAUGCGUUGUUUAAUAAUAUAGUACCCUCAUACUCGCUUUCCAGCGCUUAAUCACGUCUCGGGGAAAACUAGCAAGUUUUGCUUUUGCAAAUUUAAAAAAACAAUGUUGAAAAACUCACUUUUCCUCCAGUUUUCCUCGCUUUUGAAAUUCAUCCAACUCAAAUCCGCUUCAUUUCGUUUCGUUUCGAUAUUCCCAUCAUUUCGCUGGCGUUUAUCCUGUAAAAUAGAGAUGAAUUGAAUUUAAAUAAGUACUUUAAACGGAAGAAAAAUUCAAGAAUGUACAUUUUUAUAAAAUUACUUUUUGAGCACCAUAAAACUAACGAAUAUCAACUAAACUUGUGUUACUUGUACUAGGAAAACUGAUAAAUAUGAAUUUUACAACAAGUUUCAUUCAAAUUCAUGGAUAAACAACAAAAAUACGUAAAUGAAGAGUUUCCGAAAAACAAAAACAAGAAAAUAAAAGUAAAAAUUGAGUAAAAAUGGAAGUGCGCCCCAUUGAUAAAAAUUGAAUGUCUCGCGCUCUUUCAAAAAUUUAUGUGUUUCGUCGUUGAUGUUUUAUUAUCAGACUAAAAGGGUGUGGGUCCAGAAGUUAUUUUUCAGAAUUUCAAAAAAAUUGACAAAAAUUUUUAAGCUUAGGUUUUAUAAAAUAGAAACUAUUCCGAAAUCCUCUUUUUAUCUGUUUAAAACCUUAGAUAUUAGACUUUCCAAAUUUUUUGAAUCUCUCAUAUUUUUUUGCAGGAAUGUUCCCUCUGAUGUUUGUCCGUGCUUACGUUGUCGCAGUUUUUUGGAAAACUGUAAUAUUAGUUGGAAUUCUCGGGAUGCUUCACGCCUUGGUGCUUCUUCCAGUCAUUUUCAUUCUCACUCACGAUUUUAAGCUUUUGUUCAAAAAACGUCGAAAUGUUCGGGAUAUCGAAUUGUCUUCCUGA